AUGGCAGCAAGCUUGAGUCCGUCCGAAUCUCGGCGAACGGAGGGGAUGAGCAGAUCGACGUCGUCGCAAACGGUGCCAGAGCGUGGUGAGCAGAAGCGCGAGGAGAGGCGAUCGUCGAGCCGCGUCAAGGUCAGGCCAGCAAAUCCGCUCGUCAUCAGCUCCAUCCUCGAUUCCCUUGACACGCUAGGAAACUCUCCCACCGACCACACUUCCUUCUCUGGCUCUACGAGUGAACGGUCGCGGCCCCGCUCGGUUCACAGCGGCAUCAGGAGUCUUCACACAAUCGAACGUUCGGUCUCGCCGGGCUUCGGAGUGGAGUAUGGCACCGGGAUAGCAAUGGACGAGGGAGACGACGUGCCGGAUGCUGCGCUGCCACCUACCAUUCGCACUUCGCGGCCACCCUCUGGCAUGUCUAAUUACACCGCAACCCGAUCGCCGAGCUACACUGGUACGAACCCUGCCCAGCCUAUUCGCACUCCGUCACUGCGCUCCCGGCGGAGCUCGUACUCAUCCAUGGGUAAAGAGAAGACGGGCUAUUCGAAGAACAAGUUGAGUGCAGAAAGCUGGGUUAAGCAGAACUCACUCAGCCAUGAGUCGUUUGAAAGCACGAGCACAAGAGAGACUGGAAGCAUGAGGAGUGUACGUCGCAUGCGGUCGCAUGAUUCUCUCAGACGUAUGAGCACCAGGAUCGAGAUCGUGGAGGAGGAUGCUGCAGAAGGUCCCGUGGUCUCAAGGGCAGAGCAAAUCAUUGCAAAGGCUACUACGCCUCCAGUUUCGAGUUCGAAGCGGCGACUGUAUUUGACGGAUUCGGGAAGUGAAGAGCAGUCUAUUACCACGCCCGCACCGAUCGAGGAGACACCGGAGGCCGAGGAUUCGGCGCCGUCAUCUCUGCCCACCCCAUCAAUUACACCAGCCGAAACACCGAUAAGCGAGAACAGGUCGUCGCAUCGAAAUUCGCCCCGCAAGAGUAUCAUAGCGGACUCGGUACCAAUGCGAACUUCGUCCCUUCACCAAUCUCAGACGAGUACUCCUGGGCGAAAGAAGAAAGAUCGCAAGUCGAAGCGCUCACCAGAAAAGACCGAGAGGUCUUCUAAAAAGGACAAGAGCGAGAAGGAGUAUAGUAAAAGUGAAGGCGGGGCAGGAGAAGGCAAAGUAGACAGUGUGAUGGGCGCGGCCCCAAAAAAGAUUCCAGAGUCGAGUUGGGCGGACCUGGGCGAAGAAGACGAGACAGUGAAGCGAAUUCGAGAACUUCAGGAACAACGAAAGUCCAGGUUACUGGAAUCGCAAUCAAUCGUGCCUCCCAAGGUCGUCAACACUACGGCCAAUCAGACCCCUGUCACGCCCAAUAUUGAUGUGGCGCGCAAAAGCGAGGAGAGUAAGCGAGCCGCUCGCAUGCGACCAGACACACUUCGUUCUGUGACAGAACCUCCGGUCAAGGCACACAAGAUCCUUGGAAUCACCGAGACCAAGCCUCCACCGUCGCGCGGGCAGGAUGCCCAUGGCAGGGCGGAUGUGAAUGGUUUCAUACGGCGUCGGAACCUGUCAUUGGAUGAGAAACAACUCCAAGCGCGACCCAUGACGAGCUCAGCACCGACACCACCGCUCUCGCUCGACUACUCCUACGCCGAUGCAGUUGAUGCGCUACAGGGCGCUGAGCGGGAGCCGAAGAAAGAGCAGAAUGAGAGGCCGACUCAUCGACGCAACACGUCUGCGCGCGAGCCAGAACAACUUCCGAACAUCUUGAAGCAGUAUCCCGGAACCCAAGUCAGGUUGGUGCCAACAGAGAACCAGGCCCCGGACACUGUGUCUUUGCGCCUGACAAAGAGCCAGCGGAAAAAGCAGCAGGAUCGUUGGACACACUACCACCCAGAUUUACCACUGGACUUUGACAAGAAAAAGAAUCGGAGGAAAUCGACCAGCGAUGCGCGAAAUACGCGUUAUGCUUCCCCAGAGCCUGAGCCUCCAGUGCCGCGGAGAGACAGCAUUGAGGUGGCGGUGACUGACUACCUGCAAUCGGCGCGCCUCAGUCGCAAGAUCAAGCAUCCUGUCACUGGCCGUGUCAUCAGCUUUAGUGAAGUUGGCGACCCGAGCGGCGCAGCAGUCUUCAUCUGCGUGGGAAUGGGUUUGACUCGAUAUGUGACCGCCUUUUACGAUGAACUGGCGACAACCUUGCGGCUCAGACUCAUCACGGUGGACCGACCAGGCGUGGGUGGCAGCGAGCCUUAUCCUGCUACAGACCGAAGCGGUCCUCUGAACUGGCCGGACGAUGUGUGGACGAUCUGCCAAUCGCUCGGCAUCACGAAGUUCAGCAUGCUAGCCCACUCGGCUGGUGCGAUCUAUGCGCUUGCCACCGCGCUCGUCAUGCCUCAGAACAUCCACGGCAAAAUCCACCUACUUGCACCUUGGAUCCCGCCUAGCCAGCUCGGCGCAGUACCGCACUCUACUACCUCCGCCCCUCCCGCCGGCGCUCUACCUCGAAGUCAGCGCCUACUACGCGUUCUCCCAACCCCCUUCCUCCGGGCCGCAAACUCCUCCUUCAUGACCGCGACAUCUGCCUCCCUCAAGCCAGCCGCCAAAAGAACCAAAUCACACAACUACGCCGAGUCGCCCACUUCUCCAGUCCGGUCCAAAGCCCGCCCGUCAACCCGUGACGGCGCGGCCACAGCACUCACACCGGCCGACUUGAACCGCCGCGAAUCCAUGAUGCUAAUGGAUCAAUUCAUGCCCGAUCUCAACCCCAUGGAAAACUACCCCAUCCCCCUCACGUCCAAAAACGGCGCUCCUCUGUCCCGCAAACCUUCCGCCGUCAUCAUGUCCGCCACCGCUACACCGAUGGACCCGAGCUUCGAGUUCGCCUCCUCCGCCCUCAACGCCGCCGAGCACACGGAAAAGGAACGCAAGACGCUGUAUACCACCCACCUCACGCAACGGACCUGGGAACUCGCCGUCCGCGACAGCAACCCCGCUACCGACCUCCUCGUCUGUCUUGAACGACAUCGCGACGUCGGAUUCAGAUAUACCGACGUUAGCCGCGAGGUGGUGGUGACACAUGGGUCAGAGGACAAGCGCGUGCCGCUUGCGAACGUGAAAUGGCUCGCUGGGCAAAUGGACCGCCGUUCGAAAGUCAAUGGGGGAGCGGGACCGCCGAGUAGAGAUAGCAUGGCGGACCCGAGUGCGAUGGGGGGAUGCGAAUUGAGGAUUCUUGCAGGGGAAGGACACGGUCUCAUGGCCAGCCCAGUCAUUAUGGGUGACUGUCUGACGGAGAUUGCUGGGUAUUGGAAGACCAGAUGA